UCGCGCCUUCACCUAUCACCAACGCUCGUCUCCUGGCCCCGCCCCCUGCGGCCGGGCGCCACUUCUUGGGAAGUUGACGGCUGGAAGUGGCGUUUGGAGCGCGCCGCUCCCGGGUUCUGUGGCAGCCCGGCCGCAGCCCCCCCGGUGCCAUCGAGCUGGAAGCGGAGGGGCAGUGGUACGAGCGGAGCCCGGAACAGCAGCAGGAGCGGCGGCGGCCGCUCGACCCCUGUCCGCCGCCGAUGGAGGCGAGCCUGACGUGCGCCGUGUGCCUGUCGCUGUUGGAGGAGCCGGUGACGCUGCCGCUGUGCUCGCACAACUUCUGCCGGGGCUGCGUGCUGGAGUGCCUGGCCUCGGCCGAGGCCGCCCGCCUGCAGCAGCUGCAGCGGAGCCCGGGACAGGCCCGUCUUGGCCGCGGGGCGCCGGGGCCGGGCCCGGGCCCGUCCUGCGCCCGGGUGCCUUGUCCUCUGUGCAGGAAGCUGUGCCUGCUGCCCCGCGGCGGCGUCGCCGCCCUGCCCGUCAACACCACCCUGGCGGAGGUGGUCAAGCUCUACCGGGCCGGCGCGGCGGGCGCCGCCACGGCCGGGGAGGCGGCGCUGGGGCCGAAGCCGGGGUCCGACCUGCUCUCCGUGCAGGCGUUCGGGGGAAGCUGCCAGAAACAUCCGAGCCGGCCGGUGCAGCUCUAUUGCCGCAUGUGCCGGCAGGCGGGGUGCGGGCAGUGCGUCUCCGAGGAGCAUCAGGGCAUCUUCCACUCUGUCAACCUCAUAGACACGGUGUACCAGGAAGAAAAAUUAACCUUCUUUAGCACUCUGAAACAAAUGAGGAUAAUAAAUGAGAAGCUGGUGAAUGAGAUCUCAAAACAACCGAAUGAUGCAGAUGUGAUGCUGAAAAAUGAGGUGGAGAUAAUUGAGCUGAAAUUUGGAGAAAUUUUCAAAACUCUAGAAGCGAAAAAACAGCAAUUACUAGAAGAUGUUGAAAAUCAAAGAGGUAAAAAAGAGAAAGAGUUUCAGAUUUGGAAGAAAAUGAAAGAAACUCACAAGAAGACCAUUGAGAAUUUUUUGAAGGAUUGUGAAAAGCUUGUCCAUGAGUGUGAUCCUCAGUGUUUCCUGGAGGUUGCCUGUGGCUUGAAUACAAGAAUGAAAACUCAGCUUGAUGUGAUGAAUAUAGCAUCCAGCUGGGAAAAACCACCAGUGUAUGUGCCAAAGAAGAUAGAUAUCAAGUCUGUGGUUAAUGAAAUCUUAGCCCUGGAGUUAACACCUGUUGAUGCAGGCAUGGUUCAAGAGCUGCCUUAUGAAGGAAAUGAGAGCUCAACUCUUUUUAAAGAUACCUUAAAGCAGUGGCAGGACCAGAAGAAUAUACCCAAUACAUUUCUUCCUGUAGCAGGACAGGAUGAAGCAGAUGGUAGGAGGAUCCCUACUCGCUUUAUGUCAAUAUCAGAAAUGUCAGCAUUUCAAAAUAUGAGCCAUGAGGAGCUACGUUACAAAUACUAUAUGGAACUUCAGAAGCUCACCAAUGUGUUUAAGACUCAAAAUUUCCCUGCAAAUAAAAAGUAUAAAUUUGUAACUGCUGAGGCCUCCAAGGAUAAGUCCUCAGGAACUUCUUUUAUAUCUUCACCUACCAAAGCGAAUAAGACAGAUAAAAUAAAAAUGGGAACCCUGCAAAGAGGAGGUGGCUUUGACAAAAGAAACUGUUCUGGAAGCAGUGCUCAUGUCAUCCCAUCCACAAGUAGGAUCUUUUCUGAAACAAAUGGUGACUUAAAAUUAUUUCAUGAGGGAAGUGGCCAGGAAGUAUCAGGUCCAGCCUUGUCAGAAACCUCUCCAGACUUGUUAAUUAAAGAAAAAUGGCCAAGACAGGCAUCAGCAGGUACUGUUUCCAAGGAAAUGAACUCAAGUUCUGGUGCUUUAUUGGACUUAAAGCCAUCAGCAGCAACUUCAGAAUCUGUAGAUGUUUCAGCAGAGAGACCUUCAGGUGUACCUUUUACUUUCAGUGCAUCUAACAACUCAGUACCAAGAUCUAGUAAAGAUAGAGGUACAUUUUCCUUUAAAAAGCAAGACAAGAGAUGUGCUUUCCCUCAGUUUUAUUUAGGGAAAUGUGAUAAGGUAGAUAAAACCAAUAGCCAGGAUAAAUAUGGUCCUGAAACCAAAAACAUAGUUUGUGAUGCUUCAACAAGUCCUAAUUUAGUCUCGUCAGAAAGUGAGAAACCACACAUUUUGUUUCCCUUUAGCAAUUCAGAAAGAGAUUGGUCUGCAGAAUCAGAAGCUAGCAAUUCAUGUAAGGUGUUACCAUCAUCCUCAUUUUGUAGCCAAUCUGAGAAGCCAUCUGACAAAAAAACAUUAUCUCACAUGAGGGAAAAAGCACCUUGUGCAAAGGAGCCUGGAGGAUACGGUACACAAAAACCAUCUGUCUUAGGGGGACAAAAACUUCACACCUCAGAAUCCAGCGUGACUGUCGCUUGCGGUACUUCAGAAACCAACACCGGAGCUGGGGUGAAUGAUGUCUCCAAGACCCCUCUUCUCACCAGUAAUUGUGCAUUUUCUUUCAAAAGUAACUUCCCAUUGCCUUCACCAGUAUUUUCAUUUGGAGGCAUUCUCAGAAAUACCUCUGAUUUGCUGACUUCUUCCAUGUUUUUUUCUGGAAACAGAACAGAGAAAAUGGAUAAGGAGAAGAUGAAAACUCCUGACAAAACACUUCUAAAUCUAGGGAAACCUGUGACUUCAGAGUGUGCAGAGCCUGCUUCUCUUCAGAAUCAUCCAAAAUGUGAAGGCUCGUGUUUGUCUAUGAACUCAUCUGAAAACACUGAAAGUGCAGAAAGCCUUGGUGAUGGUAAUGCUCCUUGUCAGCCUUUGUGUUCAGGAGUCUGUCCUGUUGAAGAUGAGAAUGCAUCUUCCACUCAACUCACUGCAGCCACACAACAACAAAAAAAGGUAAAAGAUGAAGAAACUGUUGCUGCAAACAACUGUGUGUGUCCUAGAAAGGAGGAUGAACCUGAGCCUGUACAAUUGCAGAGCACAGCUUGUUCUGUUCCUGGCACAUGCAGUGAUCCAUCUUUCGGAGGUUCUGUGCUUGCAAUAAGUGAGACAGGAGAAAUGCUAAGAGACAGCACUUCUGACACUUAAGAGCUAAGUCAAACAUCUGUCUCUACUGAUACCAGCCAUGCAUCAGAAUAUUUUCUGUUGCUGAAGACAAAAUGUCAAGUAGAACAAAAUCAGAUGUGAAGAGAGACUGAAAAGGAAAAUAAGCUGGAAUGAAAUAAAUGCUACUUAACACAUUCAAAGGUGGGGAUAGUUGUGAUUUUACAGCUGUUCUCCCCACUUCUUGCCAAUUGAGGUAUCUCUGUGUUGGAAACAUAACUGCUUAUGAGCAGUACAAUGCAAUGAAGUGAUUUUUUUAUAAGAAACAACCAAAAAUGUCAUGUCCUGCUCAAGACCAAAGCAUAGCUAUAGAUGCUGCGUCUUCAAGCAUGCAAACCUUCUGGGGUAUGUUUGGGGGAUGGGGAACUGAGGUGUCCCAGAAAGCGGGCUGGGUGAUGCCUCAGUGGCAGGAGGCAGUAAAUUGCUGUCUGUGUGCAGCAGCAUUUGCACUUAAAUGGGUAAGAGAACAGCCAAGAGCAUUCAGCUCACAGGGAGGGAGGAGAGCCACAACAAAAAUAAAGGAUAUUGAAUGCGGUACUAAAAAUUGUUUUACUUAUCUCCCCUUGGCUGUUUCCUUUUCUGUGAUGUGUUUAAUGUAUGUUGAAGGUGUAAGUUUGAGUGUUAUUUCAAUAAUUUCUCUUGCACUUUUGAAAUGGAAGCAUCAUAUCAGUGUUCUUGUUACACGCUGCGGAAGGGUGUGAGUUACACUUCUGAAGUGCUGCUUUCAGGAAAAAGAAACAUUGCAACUAAAUUUCUGCUCUUUUUGGCUACAGUUUGGGAAUACUUGGACAAAUUAACUUGCUGUUUCAUUGAAAGCUUUUGGAGAACCUAGCUUUUAAAACACAAAAAUUUUCUUUUAAAAUCUGUGUGUAAUGACAAGAAAAAAGGAAACCAGCACUUCUUACUAUAUGUGUUAAUGGUUUAGAACUCAUGGAAUUUUUAGUCUGAAAAUCAAUACAAAGGAUAAAAAUACCAUCUUUUCUACUUUGCUGGCUAUUUUGUUUGAUCCAAGAAAUAACUGCUUUAGUUAUUGGAAUACACAGACAGAAGCACUGUUUCAGAAUAAAGCUCUAUUUUGUUCAUGCCUCAGCAAAAGCUGAUGCUAAGCUUUAAUGAAAUUAAUUCUGUAUUAGAUAGAUAUGUCAACUGGCAGUAUUAAAAUGCAGAAUAAUUAAUAUUCCUUCAGAAGUUUUCUCUGGCAACUAGAAAAAUCAAUAAUCUGCAAAUUACCUCUCUAACUCUAAAAAAAAUUACUUAAAUUUAAAUCUCUGCAGUACUUACUAAUAUACUUUGACAUAGAACUUAGAGCAGCUAUUCUUCUUUCAGUAAGUGUUGACCUAAUUUCUUUUGCGUUCAGUUCUUGCCCUCAUUUUUUUCUGUGGCAGUGCAUUCCUUUAUUAAAUGUGUUGAAAAUUAUUAAAUGUUUCUAGUUUUUAUUACAAUAAUACUACUUUUCUGUCUGCAUUAUAAUAAGGAAGGUGAUAAAAAUUCUCUUUAUGGUUAGUCUUUUAGUUCUUGAUGUUCAUCUCUUAAAUCUUACGGUAUUUCAAUUUUCUCUUAAGAUUUUUUCUGAUGCUAUCUCUAGACAUUCUUGUCAUGUUUUGCAUGUGUAAGAGAGAAAUGUUAAUUCAAAUCACUGGAAGACAAAGGCUGAGCGAGAUGAUAAUGGCAGAGAGUGUCACAGGUGGAGGUUGGUCUCACUCUUAGCAAAAGCAAGAGAAAUUGAACAAUUUUAGAGUCAGAUGAGGCACCUGUAAAAUUCAUUGCCAGGAAGUUGCAGAAAAUGUUUGUUUUCUUCUACACUGACAAAAAAAAAUUCUUAAUGAGCUAGGGUUAAUCAGAAUCUAUAAAAAGUUUCUGAAGCUUACAUAUUUUCAACCUGUCUUCUGUUAAUUUCUGUUAUUUCAUGAGAGUUUGAUAAAGUUAAACUUCCAUGCAGAUACUUUUUCUCUUAGUGAAAAGAUACCUUCAUAGACUCAUAAAGCAAAUACACUACUAUGUACUACUUUGAAAGUAAAAGUUGUGGGUGUUGGGGUUUGCUCUAGUCCUGGGGCUGCUUUUCAAGCAUUGUUGUCCAAGUGCCUGAUAGCUCAGCAUUCGGGUUUUACAGGGCAGAUCAGAUUCAGAAACCCCCAACAAGAAGAUCCUUGCCCACUCCCUUAACCAUACUAUGCUGACCUAGAAGGGAGCCCUUCCCCUGUUCCCUGAAAAUGCAGUGAGGUACAGAAUAACCUCUGGGUCUUAGGCAUGCCUCCUCCUGACUACUGUAAAAAAAUAACCCUUUCCUGACUGGAAGCAGCACAGUCAGUGAUCUUGAGUGAACCAGAGCUAAUUCAAAGAAAUGGGAUUCAGAGUUGUCCUUCAUGUGUAUUUUGCUUUUUAUCCAUAGAGAAUGGCUUAUACCACUAUCUUGGUCAUCGUCAUAAAAUUCUGUGUGAUGGUGAGGACUGAUGUCAAAGCCUCGCUUUCCUAGGUUAUCUAAACUUAGGUAUGUGUAUAUAUUUUUUUUCAGAUUACAGGUAAACGAAAAGGCAGUGUUAAAGUGAAAUAUUUGUCUGAAAAUACUGCUGAGAAAUUUGCCCUUGCUGGGAAAAUAAAACCCAAAACCAACCAAACAAAAAACAAACAAAAACCAAAAAAAAAUACACCAGAAAAAAAACCCAAAGCACCAA